AUGCUCGCCGACGUAUCCAACGCCGCCGACGUCUUUUCUCCCAUCCAACUCCCAUGUGGUAUACAAAUCAACAACAGGCUUGUCAAGGUUGCUAUGUACGAGCACCUUGCCUCCCUCUUCGGGGGACCUCCAAACCUAUACCACGUUCAGCUGUACUCUACAUGGGCAAAGUAUGAUUGGGGCAUGAUCAUUACAGGAAAUGUUCAAGUAUCAAGGGCUCACCUCUCUCUCGGCCGGGACAUGAUUAUACCUGAGUCUGUUACCUUGGAGAGCAUCUCGCCUUUCAAGGAAUUAUCAUCCGUCAUCCAUGGAAAAGAUAAUCGUAAUCUUGCUAUCAUGCAAUUGAACCACUCAGGUCGACAGUCGAGCAAUUUCCUGGGUGGCCGCUAUCCAUUUCGACCCCCCCUUGCUCCAAGUCCACUUCCUGUUGGUGCAAAGACUUCUGGCUUGCUUUCUGUUCUAAUCCACAAGAUACUCUUCCAAAAACCACGCGCGAUGACCUAUGACGAUAUCGACGAAGUCGUCUCGUCAUUUGUAAAGGGUGCUGUGGUUGCAGCUGCAUCAGGGUUCGACGGCGUACAAUUGCACGUUGCGCAUGGUUCACAGUUCAUUUCUCCCAAGUCGAACAGACGAACGGAUGAAUAUUCAAGUGAGAAGGAGAACGCGCUGCGACUUCUACGUCGCAUAACUUCGUCCAUUAGAGAGGUCGUCCCAAGUAAAUUCAUCCUGGGCAUCAAGUUAAACGCAUCAGACUACACCACUUCUCAAAUUGGAGAACAGCCGGAGGAUCGCGCGCUGGAACACCUUAUGACCGUCGCCCAAUGGGGUGAUGUUGACUUCAUUGAAGUCAGCGGUGGGGAUUACGAACACCCAGAUUUCAUGACAACAACCCCUCACUCUCCCCGACAAGCUUUCUUUCAUCGCUUCUCUCACCAAGCACUCAAAGCCCUAGACACACUCCCCGAAACCUCGAAACCUGCUCCUCUCAUUCUGCUUACAGGUGGUCUGCUCACGCCCACACUCAUACAUAAAGCACUCUCAUCUCGACAUGCGCAACUGCUAGGCAUUGGGCGCGGCUCCGUGCUCCGUCCCGAUCUUCCUGAACUCUUGAAAACAAAGGGCAAUGACCAAUCUCUCUGGGACGAUGCCCCGUUCCAACAGGAACCCGAUUUGCGGAACCCCCACUUUCUUGGCUAUUGGCCCUUCAGUUGGUUUUGGGGUUUCGUUCCUAACAUCGCGCUUGUCGGCGCUGGAGUUAACAUGGCCUGGUAUGUGGUUGCGAUUAGAGGCAUGGCGUUGCGGAUAGGUUCGAACAUCAUUUCAAAGCCAAACUAUUCCAUUGGAGGGCUCGGAGCUGUCGUAAGGAUGUGGGCUUGGACACCUUGGGAUACAUACACAGCAGGCCCUUCGUAUCGUAUUUUAAUUUUAUUCUCCGUAUUGAUGUUCGCCAUACUUUCUUUGGGAUUUUAG